CACAGGUCGAGUGCAAGUCUUCUUAGAACAUGGAUUGGUCACCUGAGAAAGCCAUGAGAGCCUAUCUAGGCACUCUUAAGAUGUGCAAGGACCAAUUUUACAAGCAUGGGACAAAGGGGAGCUCAUCUUCCAUGGAACCUGAAGGUGACCAAUUUUACAAGCAUGGGACAAAGGGGAGCUCAUCUUCCAUGGAGCCUGAAGGUGUUGAGCUCUUAUCAGCCUUAGCAGCAGGAACAGAGGCCAAAUUGAUAGUGGAAGUGGCCACAAACCUCUCUCCAUCAACUCUAGCCCUAGCAUGUGCUGCAAAACAAACUGGAGGGCGCCUUAUAUGCAUUCUUUCCCAUACGAAAUCCCUACCGAUGCAGCAACCGCAAAUAACGGUGAGUCUCGGCCACGGAUCGACAGAGAUCAUAUCAGGAAACCCCCAAGAGCUUCUACGGAGAUACCACGACGUCGAUUUCGCACUCGUGGACUAUGCGGUGGAUGGCUCGGAAGAGGCCCUUGAGGCCUUAAGCAUGAACCAGAAGGGCUCAAUAAUGGUGGGGUGCAAUCUCUUUUCUGUCUCAAAAAAUGGAAAUUGUGGAAAAGGUUUUAAGGGAAUGGUGGGAGUGAUGCUUCCCAUAUGGAAAGGCAUGGAGAUUGUUAAAGUGGGGAGUUUGAGGAGUGGGAAGAAGAGUAAGAGAGGGAGUAGGAGAUGGGUUGUUCAUGUUGAUCCUUUAACUGGUGAAGAGCAUUUCUUUAGGUCUACUAACUUAGAACCUUAUUUUGCAGAGGGUGGUUUUUAUUCUCAUUUGAGUCAAUUUAGGGGGCAACGUUGUUUGAGUUGUUUGCAAGCCAUUGCAAUGGUGUGGAUACCAGAGAUUGCUGCAAAUGCUUUUCUCGACACUGUUAAAAUGUGUAAGUUGGGCUCUAAAACCAAAUUCGAAGCCACAAAUGAACCCAAAAGCGCAGAAUUUGUAUCAGCCAUGGCAGCUGGUAUUAAAGCUCAAACCAUUGUCGAGAUCUCGACAGACAUUUCAAUAUACACAAUUGCACUUGCUGUUGCAGCUAGACAAACCAAAGGCCGCUUGGUCUGCAUCUUACCAGACCAGCACCCCCAAAAUUCAGAGGAAGAUAAGGAGUGUCUAAAAGAACUGAGGCCUGAAAGCUUUUUAGAUUCGCAAAGUUCAGGAGAAACUGAAUGGUUUUUACACCAAACAAGGUUCAAAAGCCUCAGCGAUCCGCUAAAAUCAGAGGAAAAUGAGCAGCUUUUAUUCCAAUCCAUGCUUGAAACUUUCUCAGGUCCACAAAAUUCAGGGGAAUGUGACCAGUCCUUGAGCAAAAUCAGGCUAAAAAGCUUCACAGAUUCAAAUCAUUCAAAGAAAAGUAUCCAAUUAUUUCACAGAUUCGGCCUUCAAAGCUAUGUGGAAUUUAAGUACGGGAAGCCCCAAGAAGUUCUUGAGACGUUAAAAGGCAUCGACUUUUUGCUGUUCGACUGUAAAUUUUAUGACCCACAGGAGUUGUCUGAGACCAUUGACAUGAAUUCAGAUAGAUCUAUGGUGGUCGGGUUCAAUUUCUUUGGGAGGAAAGAGAAAGAAGGUGGUGAUUAUAGCAGGGUUUUAGAGAGAAGACGUGGGGUUAAGACUCUGAUUCUUCCCAUAGGGAAGGGAAUGCAAAUCACAAAGAUAGGGUAUCACAAGACAAGGGUUUCAAGUAUUUAUGAAAAAAAGAACUGGAGGAGCAAAUGGGUGGUGGCAGUUGACCAGGUGACAGCAGAAGAACAUUUCUUCAGAGUUGCAAAGCCAAUGGCUAAGAUCUGACUUUCCUUGGUUCAUCGGCUCUUUGUUAAUGUUGUUAUUUAGAGAGAUGAAGUCCCUCUCUAAGUUUUGGUCUUUGCCAGUACUGUCGUUUAGAGAGAUGAAGUCCCUCUCUAAGUUUUGCUUAUACAUGUAUAUUGUGUGCAGAGAGAUGAAGUUUCUCUCUCUAGUUUUGCAUAGUUCAUGCAUAUACACCUGUGGGUGCAUGUUGAAACUGCUUAUACUAUUGUAAAGAAAAAAAUUAGUAGAAAUGAAUCUGGGGGACCAGUGAGCAGUUAGCCCCUUUCCAA